UACGUUGCAGUCUAAGCACACAGACAAAAAUAUAUAUAUAUGAUAUCUGCAAAACAUGGUCUCUCUCCCAGUGCACCUUCCUUCCUUUUCUGGGUUCCUCUUUUCUUAUGGAUGAAUUGUUUGUUUCUGUCAAGCUCUCCAGUGUAAUAAUGCUUUCAAGUCAAGAAGCAAGACUUGUCUGUGUGCUUAGACUUAGAGUACAAGGGUACAUAAGCUAAUUCCUAAAUUGAUGAGCACAGCUCAUGAGUCAUGAUGAGAACCCCCCACCCCAUCGGCCCAUCCCCCUUAAAUUAGGAUGUUUGCAAACUUUAAACCUUCCUCGAUACCUAAAAGAAGAAGAAGGUAAAACUCCAACUACUUUUCCAUUCCUGAUAAUAUCUUCAUUCGGAACAACAGAGAUGCAAAGUUAAGAAAUGAAAUUUGCGUUGCUUCAAAGGUAGAGACGCGAUCUCCUCACUAACACGAUCCUUGCGAGUCACAUUGUCAACGUAUGUCUUCAUGACCAUGUAUGUGUGUGUGCGUGUGCGCGCGCGUAUAUAUAUCUAGCAUUCAAGAAAAAUUUUGUAUCCUAAAUUCUGACUCAAAAGUAAAUGGACACCCAUGAGCGGAGAAGCUCUUUUUGGUUUGCGGUUCUUGUGAUUUUUGCAAUAAACUUAAGCUACAUUGCUGCUUUUGGGGUCGAGGGGGAUGAAAAUCUGGAACUAAUGGUGGAGAGAUCAAGUAGUCAUUUUUCCUCUUCUUACAUAAAUCGUGGGAUGCAUGAACCAGGUGAAAUAAAAGAGGAACCGUGGGCCACGAUCCAGACAAAGGGGAACCAAUUUGUGGUUAAUGACAAACCAUUUUAUGUUAAUGGAUUCAACACUUACUGGUUGAUGGUGUUUGCCGUGGAUCCAUCAACUAGGGGAAAAGUCAGUGAGGUGUUUCAGCAGGCAUCUUCUGUGGGUCUAACAGUUUGUCGCACUUGGGCUUUCAAUGACGGUCAAUGGCGAGCUCUUCAAAAAUCACCUUCUGUGUAUGAUGAGGAAGUUUUCGAGGCCUUGGAUUUUGUUGUCAGUGAAGCAAAAAAGCACAAGAUAAGACUCAUAUUGUCAUUAACCAACAACUGGAAUGAUUAUGGCGGCAAAGCACAAUACGUGAAAUGGGGUAAAGCUGCUGGCUUGAAUUUGACUUCGGAUGAUGAUUUCUUCACCGAUCCAACUCUGAGAAGCUACUACAAAGCGCAUGUCAAAACAGUUCUUAAUAGAGUGAAUACUCUUACCAACACUAGUUACAAGGAUGAUCCAACCAUUUUUGCCUGGGAACUAAUGAAUGAACCGCGAUGUGUCUCAGAUCCUUCUGGGGAUAAACUGCAGGCAUGGAUUGAGGAAAUGGCAGUCUAUGUCAAAAGCAUUGAUCCAAAGCAUUUAGUGGAAAUUGGGUUGGAAGGAUUUUAUGGUCCCUCGACGCCUAACAGGGUUCAGUUCAACCCAAAUACAUAUGCUCAGCAAGUUGGAACGGACUUUAUCAGGAACCAUCAGGUUCUUGGUGUUGAUUUUGCUUCGGUUCACAUUUACACAGACUCUUGGAUUUCACAAUCAAUUUCCGAUGCUCACAUCCAAUUUGUCAAGUCAUGGAUGCGAGCCCACAUUGAGGAUGCCGAGACUGUCCUUGGAAUGCCAGUUUUGUUCGCCGAGUUUGGUGUAUCCGCGAAAGCCCCUGGCUACAAUUCAUCAUUCAGGGACACGCUUAUCAGUAGUGUGUACGAGACCCUCUUGGACUCCACUAAGAAGGGGGGGAGUGGGGGUGGAAGCCUUCUUUGGCAGCUGUUUCCUGAAGGGACAGAUAACAUGGAUGACGGCUAUGCAAUUGUACUUUCAAGGUCUCCUUCCACAUCAAACAUAAUCUCCCUUCAGUCCUCAAGGAUUAAGACCUUCAACUCCUUGUGCUCCUGGAAAUGCCAUUGGGAUUGCAAGAAGAAGCAUCUGCCGGAGAUAAUGGAUCUCCAGCAUGAUGAGCUUUAAAUCAUUUUAAACUGUAUAUAAUAGAUAGCAUGGAAGAACUCCCCAAAUAAACGUAUUUCUUUCAGUGUGUAAAGUAAAGCUACCGAGCGGUGAAAGCAAGCGAGCAAGUCAUUAAUUGCUGCUUGAAUGUUCCAAUGUCUAUAUUGAUAUUUGAUAUAUGGAUGCUUAUAUUUUCAACAUAAUUCAUCUUGAUGACCAUUUGAAAUCGGAACCAGACAGCCGGAAGGGAGAAAUAAGAAGUUGGCGGUGCUAUGUCAUUGCUUUUGACAGUUCAAAAUACAUUGUGGCCCUUCUGCAAGCAAAGAUUGGAUAUGGAUCCACUAGGAUGAAUCCGGAUCUUGAAUAGUUCUCCAGUAACAAUCAUAACUAUCUGAGUGAAUAUAUUUCUUUGGAAACAAAAAUAUCAAAGAAUUAGGAUGGGCAUUAUUAUCAGGCAACUCUUAUAGUUUUUACUUGGAGAAGCUCAGCUUUGACAGAACCGUGGCAGCUUGGUCACCACCCAACAAGAAAUAUGGAUGUCUCAAAGCAGAAGCAGCCGAUAAGCGCCCCCUUCCAAGGUAACCUCUCUCUGAAAUAAGCUUCGUGGCCAGAUCCCACCCUCUACCCGAGUCCAGAUCCAGGAUACGCAAGUCAGGCCUUGUUCGAGUUUUCUCCCUCCACUUGUUCAAGUCAUACCCGACUGUCUUCAGUUCUAAAUUGAAGUUCUUUAACCCUGCCGUAGACCUCAAUGUAGGAAUUGCCAUUUGCAUGAGUACAAUCCCAGCCGAAUACAUAUCAAAUAGAUCAGGGCUGUUCAGCUGAAAGAAAUUAAACAAACAUUAGAAGAUUACACCUAACCAACUAUCUUGUUGUUGAUAAUUAAUGGGUUUGAACAAGGAUGACCUCCAUAAACAAGCUCGGAAAUCAGUAGGAGUUGACAGGUUCAGCUAUAAAAUGGGUAAGGGUAACGUAAGAAGUGGAGAUGUGCAAUACCUGCCACAAAAUUGGAGAAAGAAGGGCGGCAAUCGGCUCAGGAGGUGGCUUAGGCGUUUCCUCUGGGAGUACAUAUAGUUCAGGGGGACAAUAAUCAGGGUCGAGUAGGCCACGAUUGGGUACAAAGUUCUUGCCAAUCCGGAGAUCUGUGGCUGCUCCAAAAUCUAUGAGCUUAAUCUGCCCCUUCUUUGUGAC